AUUAGCCUGUUUACCACUUGUAGCUCAUUGAAACAAGGGGAGAAAUUUCAUCAAGGGAGAUUUAAACUAUUAAUCAACACAUUUGUGCUCGAGCUCUCAGUAAGACAGUCUGAGCGUGCAGAGUGUUGGAGAGUAGAGCAGGAUGCUGGGGCGUGAGGGUGGUGGGAUGAGGGUCUGCUACUGGCUAACACUGGUCACAGGCUUGGUGGAGUGUUUAUGCUUCGCUGGGGUCGUGUUCGGAUGGGCCUCGCUGGUCUUCGUGCUCAAGAGCGACGGCUACUUCCGCUACCUGUGUGUGAACAAGACGGUCAAUGGGACCAUCACAGAAGAUUGCGGCGCACAAGAUGAGCAGCUCUCCAUCAUCUUCACCAUCGCCUCCUUCAUGAUCAACUUCUCCACGCUACCAAACGGCUUCCUGUUUGACCACUGUGGUACCAGGGUAACCAGAUUUUUGGGAAUGUGAGUCCUAUAUGAUUCUUAAGGAACCAAACGUAGUUCUUCUGUGGCAUCACUCCUAGCCAAAAGGAUUCUAUACAGUUGCAGAAAAAGGGGCUAUGGUUUGUGACUAUAGCAGAACCAAUAUUGGUGCUAUAUAGAAACAUUUGUAAAAGGUUCUUUAAAAAAACUAUAUAUAACAGGUUCUCCAUCGUGGAAAGUUCCUGGAAAGAAAUGUAGAAUACUUAGAAGCACACACAUAAAAAGAACAGUUCUGUGAGUUGUCCUGGUUCUGAUGCCUUUACUGAAAAACUCUUAAAGAACCUAAAAAGUUUCAUAAACAUUAAAAGUUCAUAUUUAGAGGCAAGUAACAGUAGGGAUGCACUACUGGAAUGGGUCAAGAUCAGAAUCGGCAGAUUUUAGCUCAAAAAAUGAAACCAAUGUAUUGUUUAUUUAGGAUGAUCUGUGUUAUAAUGUUAUGAGGUAAAUAUUUAAGCCACAACAUGUUUUUAGAGAGAGAGAGGGAGAGGGAGGGAGGAACGAGGGACUGGGAGAGCUCCAUAUAAAGAUAGAGGAGGUUAGCUGAGGACACCGCAGAGGUUCUUCAUGAAAGGGGCUGGAUAGAGAAACUCAGGAGUGAGGAACAUCACCAGAAUACUCGGUUAUUUCCACUGAUCACAAAAUCCAGGUGUAAUUUAUAUGAAUUAGCCUGUUUACCACUUGUAGCUCAUUGAAACAAGGGGAGAAAUUUCAUCAAGGGAGAUUUAAACUAUUAAUCAACACAUUUGUGCUCGUAAGUAGACCAAGUUUAUCAUCGUUAGAACUUAAUCAAAGGUCAUUGUUUAUUUAGGAUGAUCUGUGUUGCAGUGCUAUGAGGUAAAUAGUGGGAGGCGGGUAAGUGCUCUCACACUGUAUUUAAAUGUUGAUGCUACAGCUGUACCAUAGUUACAUGAGUAGCAGAAUUCUGAUUUAUUGUGAUAAAUAAACAGUGGCUUCUUGCUUUA